AUGUCUAAUCCUGUAUGUGUGUUCCCACAGGCCGUCUCUUGCCACGCCUACCACACGAUGCGCAACAACAGCAUCCCCCCAGAGAACAUCGUCCACAUGUCUUACGAUGACGUAGCUCACUCCCCCGACAAUCCCUUCCCAGGAAAUCUUGUCAACACUCCUGAAGGGCCGAACCUUUACCCCGGAUGUGAAAUUGACUACCGGAAGGAAGAAGUGAAACCGGAAGUCUUCCUCAAAGUUCUCACUGGCGACAAAGAGGGCGUGAAGAAGCUGAUUGGUCGAGAUGGUAAAGUAAUUGACAGCAGUCCUGAUGACAAUGUGUUCGUCACAAUGGUUGGUCAUGGAGUUCCAGGGGUCUUCUCCUUCCCGGGUUUUCGUACGCUGCACAACACUGACCUCAACAACGCUCUCAAGCAGAUGUACAGAGAGAAAAGGUACAGGGAGAUGGUGCUUUACGUGGAAUCUAGCUACUCAGGGAGCAUGUUCGAGGGUAUACUCCCGAAAAACAUCAAUAUAUACUCUACCACCUGCUCCAAUCCCCACGAGCCGGGAUAUAUUUGCUGCUGGGAUAACUACCGUAACGCCUACGCAGGCACAUUUUACGGCAACGCAUGGAUGUACAACACAGACAAGGCAGAUGUGCACACGGAAACACUCUCCCAGCAGUAUGAUGUGGUGACAAAAGCUUGCCAUAGGAGUCACCCAAUGCAGUUCGGAGACCUGAGCAUGAACAAAAAAGUCUUCGCUCAGUUCCAGGCAAAAGCGGAAGGAUACAAACCCAGUGUCUAUCUCAAUACACAGGAAGCAGAUAGUAUUGUGGGAUCAAAGUUCACCUUCGCCGGAAUUGAUCUCAAUAACCCCGCCAUUGACAUGGUUCAGAUCGCCACCACGGCCCGUCGCCUCAUCGAGUCACGUGAUCUCAGUAGUCAGAAGCGGGAAGAGUUUAAGGCCGAAUUACGUCAUAUGAUGCUGGUCAAGGAAAAAGCCGAGUCGUUGACCAAAGACCUGGUCAAGGCAGCCAUGCCCAACUCCAGAGGUUUGACGGAGAACGACAUACUGACCGGGAAAGAGCGAGUCGAAAACUCUGAGUGUUACAAAGCCGCCCUGAGCCUCUUCUCUGCCCGAUGUCCAGGUAUCGAUAUGGGGAGGUACCCAUUCGCCAGGAGAAAUCUCCAGGCCUUUAUCAACCUCUGCAACCACCAGCCCCAAAUUGACGUCAUGAGCGCCAUCUUGGAAGUCACGGAGAAAUACGGAAUUUGUCAAGCUCUAUAA